GUCAACAUGAACACAAGAACACACAGAUUGAGUGACCUUAUCUCGUGGGUGUGUGUACCUGUGACCUUGUUCCUGUACCUGCACCUCGUCCUCACCCCCACAGACCCCCUGAUCACCACCACCACCACCACCACCAGCACCAGCGUCAGAAAAGUGCCACCUCCUCUUAAUGUGACCUCUCUCGCGCGCCCUGACCUCCUGCUGGUGACCCCGAUCCUGCGCAGCGCCUCCACCACCCUCAUGCACCUCCUCAAGCUGUUGGCGCCCCGCAGAGCCUUCACUUACACGCCAAAACAGAGGAAGAGAGCCGAGUUUGUACAUAUACCGGAUGAAGAAAUGCAGGAGGGAAUCGUGAGGAACCUGUCUUUGGCCGCCACACCUGCUGCAUAUAUGGAAUCCUUCGCCUUCAUCAACUUCACCAGGUACAACUACGUCCAGCCAAUACAAGUAGCGGUAGUUCGGGACCCAGUAGAGCGCGCCAUUAGCAGGUACUACCACGCCCGGGCACCGUUUGCUUUGGUAGAGAGGCAGCAGCUCUACCCCGGCGCCCGUCUGCCCUCCAGGAACUAUCUGAAGAAGGACCUGGAAAGCUGCAUGACCAACCCGCGUGAUCCAGAGUGCAAGUAUGUAUCGGGAAGGACAGCUCUGGGACACACUAUUGAAUUUUUCUGCGGACACAUCGAGUACUGCCCUGUGUUUGGAGAGCGGGCGGGGCUGGCGGCGGCGAAGGGGGUGGAGCGGGGCUGGGCAGUGGUCGGCGUGCUGGAGGACUGGAACAAGACCCUAGAAGUUCUGGAAGCGUAUGUGCCAAGAUUCUUCACUGGAGCUACGCAACUUUACUACGAGCACAUUGAGCCGAGUAAGACGCUGAGGAAUGAGAAUUUUUACAAGCCUAGGGUGGAGGAGGCGGCGAGACAGGCGCUGAAGAAGGUGUUUGAUGUAGAGUAUGAGUUUUAUGAGUUUGUGAAGCAACGGUUACAUCUGCAACACCGGGCAUUGAGUACUGGGAGGAUGUAGCGUGUGUGUGUGUGUGUGUGUGUGUGUGUGUGUGUGUGGGUGUGUGUGUGUGUUGGUGGGGCGGGUGGAGCGUGUGUGUGUGUGUGUGUUUUGAGGUGUUUAGGGUGUGUUUUGGGGU